GGUUCUCAGAGGAGGUGGUGCUGGACCUGGACGCCACCUGGUCCGAGUCGGAGCCGCGUACGCCGCUCAUCUGCUUCCUGUCCGUGGGCGCGGAUCCCUCGUCACAGAUCUUCAACCUGGCCAAGGCCAAGAGCAUCAGUAUCACCUCCAUCUCGAUGGGCCAGGGUCAGGAGGAGCACGCCCGCCAGCUCAUCAGCAGCUCCAUGGUGUCCGGCGCCUGGGUGCUGCUCCAGAACUGCCACCUGUCGCUCCACUUCUGCGAUGAGGCAAUGGAACUGGUGCAGGAGACGGAGUUGGUGCACGCACAGUUCCGGCUGUGGAUCACCACCGAGUACCACGCCCAUUUCCCGAUCAGUCUGCUGCAGAUGUCGAUCAAGUUCACCAACGAGCCGCCGCAGGGAGUGCGGGCCAGCCUGCGGCGCACGUACGCCGACAUGAGCCAGGACCUGCUGGAGUACACGGUGGUGCCGCAGUGGCCCGCCCUGCUGUACGGCGUCGUGUUCCUCCACACAAUCCUGCAGGAACGGCGCAAGUUCGGCCCGCUCGGCUGGAACGUGCCGUAUGAGUUCAACCAGGCUGACCUCAACGCCUGCAUACAGUUCAUGCAGAACCACCUGGACGACGUGGAUCCGAGAAAGGGCGUCUCCUGGCCGACCAUCUGUUACAUGCUGGGCGAGGUUCAAUACGGCGGCCGCGUCACCGACGACUUUGACAAGCGGCUGCUGGUCACCUUCACGCACGUGUGGUUCUCGGAGCGGCUGGUGCGGCCCAACUUCGCCUUCUACCAGGACUACCGGGUGCCGAGCGGGCGGGGCCUGCACCAGUACCAGGAGUACAUCGCCGGCCUGCCAGACUCCGACACGCCGCAGCUGUUUGGUCUGCACGCCAACGCCGACAUCACUUACCAGAUCAACACAGCUAAGAGUAUUCUGGACACGAUUCUGAGCAUCCAGCCGAAGGAGGGCGGUAGCAUGGGCGGUGAGACCAGGGAGGCCGUGGUCAACCGGCUCUGCCAGGACAUGCUGGCCAAGCUGCCAGCCGACUACGUCAGCUUCGAGGUCCGAGAGAGACUGCAGGCGCUGGGAGCGCUCCUGCCCAUGACCAUCUUCCUGCGCCAGGAAAUCGAUCGAAUACAGCAGGUGAUAUCGGCGGUGCGCCGGACCGUCCUGGACCUGCGCCUGGCCAUCGAGGGCACCAUCAUCAUGUCCCAGUCGCUGAGGGAGGCUCUGGACGCCAUGUAUGAUGCCAGGGUGCCCUCCAAGUGGCAUAAGAUCUCGUGGGACUCCAGCACCCUGGGCUUCUGGUUCACCGAGCUGCUGGAGAGAGACAGCCAGUUCAAGGUCUGGCUGUUCGGUGACAGGCCCAAGGCGUUCUGGAUGACGGGCUUCUUCAACCCGCAGGGUUUCCUGACGGCUAUGAGACAGGAGAUCACCAGGGCGCACCGCGGCUGGGCGCUGGACUCGGUGGUCAUGCAGAACACGGUGACGAGCUUCACGUACGAGGAGAUUGACGAGCCGCCGCCGGAGGGCGUCUACGUGUACGGCCUCUUCCUGGAGGGGGCCGCGUUCGACCGCAAGACCGGCAAACUGGUUGAGUCCAAGCCCAAGGUGCUGUACGAGCCCAUGCCGACCGUCUACAUCUACGCCAUCUCGUCGACGGGCGGCAAGGACCCGCGCCUCUACGAGUGCCCCGUGUACCGCAAGCCGUGCCGCACCGACCGCACCUACAUCGGUAGCAUCGACUUCGAGACGGACCUGAACGCCACCCACUGGACGCUGCGCGGCGUGGCGCUGCUCUGCGACAUCAAGUAGACGCCGGACUGAGCGGCACGCGCUGAGCUAUGUUGCGCUGUGUGAAAGCAUGGCUAUCGUUGGGACUAGAGAGAAAUCGUGCAAUAAUCAGGCGGAGCUUGAUGUGUGAACGAAACCCAUUGCUUAGACAGCGAAACUAUGCGCCAGUUAGCGAUAACUGUUUAUAUUUUCAGCCAACUACUGCAUUGCCUGGCUGCUAUUUGCGUAUAGAGAAGCCACGUUGAGUACGUUGAUAGCCACGGCUAGGCAGCCAGCGUAUGCUUCGUUAUGUGUAUUCCUGUCGGUUCACUAGCGAGCUGGCAAUAGUUAAGCUUUGUCCCGUUCUGAACGGCUUGAAGCUUUCUCGUAUCAAAGCAUAGACGUGCGGUGAUCUACUUGUGUGGUGUUGGCCACACUGUGGUGGUUUGUUGAAAAGCCGUACUAGUGGUCAAGAUGCAAUGCCUUCCAUGUAGGUGCUUGCAAUUUUCUAGUUUAAACAUAGCUACCUACUUGAUGAAAGGGGAAGGCGUCAGAAAGCCAGUAUUGUGGAAGUAGCUUGCAGUCAUGUAGUCGCAUUUCUCGUCUUCGAAUAAAUAGUCUGUGCUUAACACGCACAUCAUGUCUUCGGCAUGAUAGCACAAGCAGCUGGUCGAGGCAGCCGUAAUGGCCGUAUCUGCCCGUCGUCAUGCGUUGUUUGCUCGCAACCCCGAUGAGCUGGUGAGCAGGAAA